AUGUCUGGCCGCAUGCUCCUCCCAGACAUAGCGCAUGAACGUCUUGUUACUCAAAUGAGCGAAUGCUCAUGGAAUAAGACCAUGUUAAACCAGGGAGACGUGGCACCCUUCCAGAUUGAUGGCAAUUUUCCACCUCCUGGCAACGCCAAAUUGGAAGCAGCUUAUACAGGAGAGCUCAACAAAGUCACUCUAAUUUGCCUGCUACCCAGUAUUCCAGCUGCGUGGGUUGCCAGUGGCGGAGGGCAACUCAAGACUGCGACGAUUACGUCGGAGCUGGAGAAUGACGUCUACGUUACGAUCGGCCAGACGCCAAUUGGCAGCAAUGAAGAUCAGAGUAUCAAGGUGGCUGGUCUGGGCACAGGGGCCAUCGUUAACUUGAAGGGGAAGAAAGGCACGAAAUUCACUGUGACAUCGGCCUAA